AAGCAGUAACGCUGGCUUUUUUGUUGGUGUGUUAAAAGAAGGGGAACUUGGUUUUAGCCUUUUCUUUUGUUUUUCCGUUCAUUAACUGAGAAUUAAGGAAGCCCAAAUGGCAUUGAGUUCCGAUUUGAGAUCUAGAGGAAGUAAAACAGUUUCUUUUUGUUCUCUGUGAAGGAAAGGGUGAGGAGGCAAGACCAAUCUCAAGGGUGUAUCCAUGGAGACAAUAUCUCCAUCGUCUUCUUCUAUGUCCACACGAAUGGAAGGUUCGACCUUCGAUGAGCUUUCGAUGCAUCAGAGCCUUCUUUUCUCUGAUAGUUUGAAGGAUUUGAAGAAUUUGAGGUCUCAAUUGUACUCAGCAGCGGAGUAUUUCGAGUUAUCCUACACCAAUGACGACCAAAAGGAAAUAGUGGUGAACACCUUGAAAGAUUAUGCCGUCAAGGCUCUUGUUAAUACCGUGGAUCAUUUGGGUUCUGUGUCAUUCAAAGUAAACGGCCUUCUUGAUGAAAAGGUUGAUGAGGUUUCUGGGACUGAACUCAAGGUUUCCUGUAUUGAACAGAGACUUCGGACAUGCCAAGAGUAUAUUGACAGAGAAGGACUUUCUCAACAGUCUUUGGUGAUAACAGCUCCCAAGUACCAUAAGCGAUACAUAAUACCAGUAGGUGCAUCCAUGCCUGAAUCAGGGAGACAUGCUGUUCCCCAAUAUGAAGAAUUUAAUCAACCCUUGGAUGAGAUUGAGUCACAGCUAUUUCAGUCUGCUGUACGUUCAACAAUCAGGGAUAGGCCAGCUUCAUUCAGGAGAGCACGUUCCCCAUCACCAUCUCCUCGUGCUCGUUCUUCAUCUCCUUUAAAAUUGCGCUCCUUAUCGCCAUCCCCCCACCCAGGGAGACAUAUUACUACUGAUAGAAGAGCUGUCUCUCCACUUCCAACAUCAAAUCCUCUUGCACGCUCAGGAUCGAUGACUGCUAGGCCAACUCUUCUCAACUCAUCAAGCACUAGACGACGGUUUCCUCAAGAAACUCAGAAAUCAUCGUCUAUGCGCUUGCAUGCUGAAAGGAUUGAUCAUAAAGAGGACGAGCACAACCCGGGUAAAAGCAAAGGUUUCCUCAAGUCUCUUCUCACCAGGCGCAGGACUAGGAAAGAUGAGAUGCUGUAUAGUUACCUGGACGAAUACUGAUAUAGUCAUUUGCUCAUGUUGAGAUCACGGAUAAGAAAAUCCCAAGCAUCUCAAAAGUCAUUAUCCUUACUCAUCAGAAUUUGGUUUUAUAUUUGUCUCCUAAUUUUCUGUUAUCGCCGCUCUCAUAGGAUAUUACUGUGUAAAGUCCGAUCUCUCCCUUCUCCAGUUGAAAGAGUUCUGUAUUAAUUUUGUAUGCCAAACAAUAUAUCGGGAAGAAAUCAAAUGCAUUUUUGCUCCCUUU